AUGAUAACAACUGAGUUGGUUCUACGCCUUGCAGUCGCACUGUUUUGCUUGAGGAGCACGGUGAUACUUUGUACACGGAUCAUAAAGGCAGGGAAAGACAAUGUAACGAUUUUGACACCGGGCCUGUCUGGCUGUAAGAAAAUUUCCUUCCAACGUCCUUUCUCUGAUGGGCAGCAAGUCAAGGUAUUCGCUUCAUUUGGACAUACUGUAAAAAGUCCAACACAUCGGUUUGGUGCAGCAGUCUGGGUGGAGUCUGUUUCUACUGGUGGGUUCACAGUCUGUGUGUUGGAGUAUGGGGAAGGUUCAAAAGGUUCUGCUGAAGUGAACUGGAUUGCUUUGAAAUCUACACCUCUUGGAUCUCAGCUAGGAAUUGUGGCGUUGGAUCCAUGGACUACCGGAACCGAGUGUAUUACUAUCAACUUUGAAAAGUGCUUUAAGACUUCACCGACUGUUUUAGUAUCUGCCUGCCAUGAGAUUCUGAAGAGACCACAAGAUGCUAUGGCUAUUUGGGUAAAAGACUUGAAUAAGGACAAUUUUAAAGUUUGUUUCAGGGAGACAAAGAUUCUUGAUGGAUUACACAAAGAUAUCCGAAUGAACUGGAUGGCAUUUACAACUCUAAAGGUUGGAAACUUCACUUUAACCAAAACUGUAAUGCUGAACAAUGCAAGCUCAAAAUCCCAUCGCAGUAAACAUGCGUACUGUCAGAGUAUAAACUUCACCGAUCCGUUUUAUGCUCCCCCUGUUGUGGUAGUGACACCAAAGCAGGGCUACAUCAAUAACCUCUCGGACGCUCUUCCCCCUCAAUGCAGUGCCAUUACAGCUUGGGUGGAGUUCACCUCAAGGAAAGAUACGAAGGUUUGUGUAAGAAAAUACCAGGGCAAAGAGGAAAGUAACAGCGCCACUUCAGUUGAUUAUGUUGUCGUAGGAGACUUGGAUCCGUGCCUGCACGUUACCUGCUUAUUCUAUGGCCUGUGUAAGGCCUUUGGACCGCAUGACGCUCGCUGUGUGUGCUUAGACCUCUGUCCAUCGCUCCUCGAGCCUGUGUGUUCGUCAAAUGGCACAACGUACGGCAACGAGUGCUCGUUCAAACGAGAGACGUGUCUUUUGAGGCGUAAUUUUACCGUGCAGCAUCCAGGUCGUUGUGAGGCUUUUCCAUUCCAGCGCGGUCGCCAACACAUGCCUCACAUUCCAACACUGGGAUAUUCUCACUGUGUAGUGAUCCAUCUGAAACCUUACGUGUUCUAUCCUGACAAACCCAUUGAAGUUCAGAUCACUGUCAAUCACAUUGACACCAGUGACAAGUCGUAAGUACACGAUGCAGCAGUGUCAUGGGUUGAGAACACCAAUUACGAUAGAUUCACCCCUUGUGUCAUGGCAGCAGGUUUCAAUGAGCGAGAAUCGAGCGCAAACGUCACGAUUGAUUGGGUGGCGUAUCAGGGAGCUCCGGUCGGUGGGCUGGCAGGCGAAAAACGGAUAUCACAAUGGUGGACUGGAACGACUUGUGUAACCGUGAACUUUCCAUCAAAGAAAUUUCCGAGUGCACCCUCAGUAUUUGUAAUUGCCAAGCACCAUCAUUCAGGACUGAAGCGUGACGCAGCUAGUAUAUGGAUUGAGGAUGUCACGCAGUCCUCGUGCAAAGUUUGCCUGAGGGAGCUCCAGAAGUACGCAGGAUCCCACAAGGAUAUUUCUGUUAACUGGUUGGCGUUCAUGAAUCUUCACAAGCCCCCCUUCUCAGAACACAAUGUGAUUCACUUUAUCAACAACAGAGCUCCCCCAGACGAUCAAAAUAAUGCCUUCUGCAAGGAUGUUAACUUCUUCCACGCCUACUCAGUCCCAAACGUAAUUGUCUCUGCUGAUCACUCAACGAAACAAGGGAACUUGAGUCCUGUUCACAAUGGCAUAACCCCUUGGGUAGAGUAUAUCAACAGGAAUGGCUUUCGCGUUUGUUUUAAAGAAUUGUACGAAACAAAAUAUGAUCCUCUUUCAAUUAUCUACACGGUCAUGUCAGAUCUAUGCCAGCCUGGAUGGGAUUAUUUCAAUGGUUAUUGUUAUUUCAUAAGCUCCGCUUGCACCACUUGGCCAAAUGCUGAAACAAAAUGUUCUAAAAUGCACUCAAAUCUUGUGACAGUCCAUAAUCAAGAGGAGAAUGUCCACCUUCAACAUCAGCAUAAUGGAGAGGGAUCCUGGAUUGGGCUCAAUUAUCGAAGCGUAGAAGGAUCAUUCGUGUGGGCAAAGAAAGGCAUAAGUAGCUUUAGAUUCUGGGCGGCAAACCAACCAAACAAUAACACAGAUCAGGACUGUGUACACACUCUUGGCUCAAACAAUGGAUACACUUGGAGUGUCGUUUCAUGUGAUGACUGUUUCAAAUUCACUUGUUUUAAAGAUAUAAACGAGUGCACAGUCAAGUCCCACCGGUGUGAUGUCAAUGCUGCUUGUCAAAAUACUGAGGGAUCUCACGAGUGCAUUUGUAAGACUGGAUUUGAAGGAGACGGGGAAAAAUGCUCUCUUUCUUGGGAGUUUACAACAAGUGGACGAAGUGGAAGGUAUGGCGUUAUUCAGACCUUCACUGUUCCGCGUACGACCCUUUACCAAAUAGAGGCCUGGGGAGCUCGUGGUGGGACGCAUUCAUACAGUUAUGGAUAUAGACCUGGAACAUACUAUGGUGGUAGGGGAGCAUCCAUAGAAGGAAAGUUCAGAUUGAAUAAAGGAACAGUGCUGAAUAUUGUGGUUGGACAGCGUGGUGGAAAUUCAGUGGAGGUUAAGGGUGGUCGAUCCACAUCCUUAACAGCAGCUCAGCUGGGACUGUCUGUAGAAGACAAUGCUGGAACCGGAGGAGGGGGUGGUAGUUUUGUCUAUACCACAAGUAAUACCCUGUUAUUAGCUGCCGGAGGAGGAGGUGGUGCGUCGGGUGGUUACAACGGAACGAAUGGUCAGACGAGAACAAGUGGAACCAGUAGUGUGGGAAAAGAACCAUCACAGGUUAGGAAGGGAGGCACUGGAGGGCAGCCAGGUGAAUGUAACAGAGCAGGUGGUGCCUUUCAUGGGGGUGUAGGUGCUGGUUGGCAUGGCUCUGGUUGUACUCGAUCAAGCACUCACCACGGAGAACGAGGUGGGUCACGUGCUGAAGGCUGGACUGGUGGUCAAGCCGGUGGCAUGAACUGUGGAAAUAACGGCGGACCAGCACCAGGAGCAGUAGGAGGUUUUGGUGGUGGAGGUGGAGGAUCAGAGGAUAAUGGUGCAUCAGGAGGAGGUGGCGGGUACUCUGGGGGAGGUAGCGGUACUCGCUCUAACCAGGCUGGAGGGGGAGGGGGUUUAUUUUGCCGUGGUCAGAGUUGUCGGGGUGUAACUGGCGGUAACCCCAAUGAUAACGGACUCGUCAAAAUUAUUGAGUUAUCUUCACAAUAA